GUACUUUAGAGGAAAGUGUAAACCAAACCAAAACCCCUAAAAAAAAAAAGAAAUCCAUCCAAGGCGAUAAAACCCAUAAGAAGUCCAGAUCUCAAAAGUUCUCCCAUCCUCCAUCAAAAGCUCUCCACAAAAAUCUCACACUCCUCUUCUCAAUCAAUCUCUCCAGAUUCUCAAGAGAGAAUGGAUCAACAAGGACAAUCAUCAGCUAUGAACUACGGUUCUAACCCAUACCAAACCAACCCAAUGACCACCACUGCACCAGCUGGUUCUGACCAUCCUGCGUACCACCAGAUCCACCAGCAACAGCAGCAGCAGCUCACUCAACAGCUCCAGUCUUUCUGGGAGACUCAAUUCAAAGAGAUUGAGAAGACCACUGAUUUCAAGAACCAUAGCCUUCCCCUGGCCAGGAUCAAGAAGAUCAUGAAAGCUGAUGAGGACGUGAGGAUGAUCUCCGCUGAGGCGCCUGUUGUGUUCGCCAGGGCCUGCGAGAUGUUUAUCCUGGAGCUUACCCUCAGGUCGUGGAACCACACUGAGGAGAACAAGAGGAGGACGCUGCAGAAGAACGAUAUCGCUGCUGCUGUGACUAGGACUGAUAUCUUUGAUUUCCUUGUGGAUAUUGUUCCUAGGGAGGAUCUUCGUGAUGAAGUCUUGGGUGGUGUUGGUGCUGAAGCCGCCACUGCUUCGGGUUACCCCCCGUAUGGCUACUUGCCUCCUGGAACUGCUCCUAUUGGGAACCCUGGAAUGGUUAUGGGUAACCCUGGUGCAUAUCCGCCUAACGCGUAUAUGGGUCAACCAAUGUGGCAACAGCAAGCACCUGAGCAGCAGGAUCCUGACAACUAACUUUGCCUAAUGAAACUAGCCAGCAGCCUUCUAAUUCGAACCUCUCUAUCCGGUGGAUCUACCCAAGAAGAAGAAUGUUAAUAGAUAAUUUUCAGACAUAAAACUUUGGUGUAGUGGAAUAAUUUAUGUAUGUUUUAUGAUCCAUGGAUAUAUUUCUUGUUAUACAAUUUGGUUUUUCUUGAUC